AUGUUUGAAGAUAGAGAAUUCUGGGUUCCUGCUUAUUUUCGAGAUUUUCCCAUGGGGUCGCUUCUUAGGACUACAUCGAUGUCUGAAUCAGAGAAUAGCUUUUUUAAAAACUACACAAAGCCUCGUGCAAAUCUUGUACAGUUCAUCAAUUUCUUUAACUGUGCUGUGGGAGAUCAAAGGAAUGCCAAUUCACGAUUGAACUACUUGGAUUACUCAACUAUUCCUGAUUUGUCAACCAAAUUGCCUAUUGAGAAACAUGCAUCUACAAUCUACACUGAUUCUAUUUUCAAACAUGUACAACAGGAACUAAGUAUGGUAUGUGAGAUUGUUUCUAUAACUGUUGAGGAUAACAUCAAGAUGCAUAAGGUCAAGGACCAAUAUGGUAGAACAUGGGAUGUUAAGUAUGAUUGUAAGCAAGACACAUUCGACUGUAGUUGUAAGAAGUUUUCCAGAAUUGGUUUGUUAUGCUGUCAUAUAUUUUGUUUGUUGAAGAAUAAGUCUGCUAAUCUCAUUCCUGAGAAAUAUUUUGGUAGAAGGUGGUUGAAGAGCUCUUUACUAAAGGCAGCCCAUGGUCUACCAUCUGAGGAGAUACAACCAUUUGAAAUCAUUGAAAAGAAAAAGAUGGUUGAGGAAUUUUAUGGAAUGACAGUACCUGAUGUCAUUGAUGUACACCCUCCAGACGUUGUUAGAACCAAAGAAUCAGCUAGUGACAGGGUAUCAAAGAGGGAGAGUGCAAUAAAGAAAGCAAAUAAGCCUCUACGACGGUGUGGUAAAUGUCAUGAGAUGGGUCGUCAUGAUUCAAGAAAUUGUGGUAGAGUCAAUGAGAAGGCAGAUUGA